AUGGAGGAUGAUUUAAUUGGAGCGGUUAUUGAUCCAGCCCAGCAUACGCUGCUUCUCGCGCGCUAUGGACAGUUGCAGACUCUCGAGGAGCGACAGGACUUCCUGGCCAAGCUAUUGGCAAUCUAUGCAGGAUUCUUGGAAGAGCCAGAAACACACAUGACCGGUUUAGUAGGAUCCGUGCGUAAAGCGAUUCAGCUCCUUUUCAGUAAGGUCUUUCCAACUAGCUAUGGGUGUGAUGUACUAACACCCUUUCUCAGCCAAGUGGAACGAACCGCAAAUGCUAUGAAGCAAGCGUUCGAUGAAUAUGUCCAAGAGGACUCUUUUAGGCGGAAAGACGCGGUCCACAGGGCUGCAGAGCGGUUGUGCUCUUGGCCACUCUAUGCUAUGCUGGAGUCCUUGGUCCUUCUAUUUGUUCAAGAAUAUAGUCAAGAACAACUGGCAGAGAUCUAUGCAUCCAGCACAGAGAACCCUGCUGAGCUCUUCUGUCGGCGAUUGUUUACGUCUCUGGAGAAGACGAUCAACAUUUUUCAAUGCAGUGAUGAGCUUAUCCGCUACUCACCCUGGUAUCUCCGAUCCGUUAAGCUCUAUGGAUUAAUGGUGGCACGCUGUACUAGAGUGUGCAUUCCUCGCAUGUUGCUUCUUAUGGCUUACAAGCAUCUAGUUAUCUCCACUAAGGGCAAGGAACACAACGAGUACCUCUUUACAGAUCCUACGGCAAUUCUUUCUAUUGCGUCGUCCAGCCACUUACUGCAUGACUCUAAUUACAACUACACCAUGGCAUUCAAUUAUCUAUUGCUGGUUGGCUCUUACUUAUAUGCUGACUACACCGUCUAUCCUCUUCAGCCAGAAGACUCAGAGGACAGGUUUGGGGCGAUUGAAGAAAGGUGGCAAGUGCUUAGGCCUUUACUUCUCCUAACUUUUACUGACUUUGUCGUCCUUUUUGGCACUCUUGAGCGGACACCAGCGUACUUUGACUCUCUACUCAGCUUACUAAUCUCCACCUUAGAGUCCGAGCAUCCCCUAGAUAAGGGCAGAAAGGCUGCACUAGAGCAACUUGUUGAUGUACGUGACAGUCUUUCGGAGAUAACGGUGCGCCUGACUGACUAG